CGCCAUCUUUAAAUUUUGUUUUAUUUUUGCUGUUCAGUAUAAACAAAAUCAAACUAUAUAUGGAGAGAAAACCUGAGCAAGAACGUCAAGAAGAGCUGGACUUACUUAAAUCUAAGCUUUCUCAAAUCAAACAGAAGUUUUUAAACGAAUGGACUGGCGAGACGCUGGAUAAUCUAAUAAAACUUAGAAAUCAGCAAGACUUGCAUGACAUUGAACGCGGACAAGGUAUCCAAAAAUGAAACCCAAAUAGACUACAUAAAAUUUUAUUUGCAUCCGUAUUAAGAAUUUUAUGUACCUAUGGUAUUAUUUUCUCAAAAUAUAGAAAAUAUAAAAGAAUAUGAAGAUAAGAUUGCACUACACCGAGCCAGAGUGGACCAACUUGCUAAAGGUACAGUACACUUCUUUUUCAGAACCAUCCUCAGAGAUAGGAAAACUAGUUUCAUAUUAAUCUGACACUGCAAUCGAGCAACGAAAAAUUCGUUGGCUCGAGCGGGAUUUGAACUCGCAUCUUCGGGUAUCUAGACCGCCGCUCUACUCGAUAGCUCAAUAGGUAGAGCGGCGGUCUAGAUACCCGAAGAUGCGAGUUCAAAUCCCGCUCGAGCCAACGCAUUUUUCUUUGCUCGAUUGCAGUGUCAGAUUAAUAUGAAACUAGUACAGUAUACUUUAUAGAUGUUUAAUAUUUAUAUGCCUAUGUUGCUCAAAUUGUAAUUUUUCUGCAAGGCAUAGCCUGGCUACCCAAGUUAGCUCACUUUAUCGUGACAAAUUUCAUUUGUGCAGCCCGAGUAUUAAGCACUAUAAUUUUACAAAUAGAGCCUGACACAAACCUGCGGAUAUUUGAUAGGGAUAUUUCAUUACGUUUCUAGCCAAAGCUUGUUGUCAGGUUAGUGGCCACAGGGCAGCGCUCGCCUAUUUUUUCCACCCCUGUUAGUGGACACUGUCACAAUUAACCUUAUGUCCACUCCGUUCUGCACAUCAGUUCUGCUCAUAACAAAGGGGGACCUCCAGAUAUAAACAUUGCCCAAAUUUUGCACCUUUCAAACUUUUUUGAAUUGAAACGUAUAGUUUAUAUUCAUUUACAAGUAUAGUUAACCAGAAAAAUGUUAGAUAUUCAGUUAGUAUAUCAUAUUUUACAAAUAUAGCAGUUCAAAACGUAAACAAAGUUCGUGCAUGUGCACAGGAGCGGACAUUGUCUCCACCCUGCAAGGAAAGAGAUACUUUGCUAUAGCCCAUGGCCAAAAAGGUAAAUAUCCCUGCAGGCCAAAAUAGAAAGCUUUAGAUUUGACUACAAGCAUGACCAUGACGACAAGAUUUGUUAUUGGGUCAUUCCAGAAAACAUCCAUACCGCCCCCACGGAGGAAAUAAGAAGUUAACCCCCCUACCCCCUUCGGAUGUCCUAAUACAUUUGCUAUUAUCAGAAACAAUUUUUUCUCCCCUCCCCCUCCGAACGGCAGAAAUUUUCUCUGUGGGGGGAGUAUGGAUCUUUUCUGGAACCAGGCGCGUAGCCAAGAGGGGGAAUGGGGGGUCCGGACCCCCCCCCCCCCCCUUUUUGUAAAGAUCAAUAUUGUAAUUCUUCCAAAAGUGGGAAGAAACUAGGGGGGUGUGCAAGUUGCGAAUAUUUUUAAAGAAAUCAACUGUCGUCAUUAAAUUGAAAUAAUUGCGUAUUGGCGUUCGCAGGCUAUCCAGUAUGUUAUAUUGUACAAUUUAGUUUGAUGCAACACUUCAGAAUAUCUUCAAAGAGAGGAAAUGGACUUAGUGACCGCUGUGGAUGCGGUAACUGCACUAAUCACCAGAUUUUCUUCUUCCGGAAUGAGGAAUAAUUUGCCGAGUUUGUGCAUACUGCUGAAUCCAAGGCAGUCGAAUUUCACGUUGAAGAUUCGUAUAGAGAUCCCAGCAACAAAUUAAACGCCGUAGAACGCUUCCAAAUUGUCUAGCUGAUGGACAAACAUUGCUUGAUGUAUCAUUCAGUCACCAAGUUGCCUCCUCAACUCAACUCAAAACGCACUGAUUUUUACUAUUGUCUGCUUGGUCUGCUGCCGGGGGAGCUGAGGAGGCGAUUUUCAGUAUUGGUAUACGGUACAAAUUAUUGAAACGAAUUGAGUAAUUACAAUAUAUGAAUAAUUUAGUCAUUGUCCUCGCUCUGUUUACAACGCCAAAUCACAGACUUUCACGUCUUGAUACAACGGCCGCAUUUCAAACCGCAACAGGUGCAACUUCAAACUGGGUUCAGCAGAAUUCUUCCCAACCAUAAAACCCAUGUCUUCAACUUCUAAGAUUGUAUUAAAUUCAUACGAUUGAUAGCCUAAUAUACGACGAAUUAUCUUUACUACCAUUUAUUUGAAAGAGUUUGUUUUGGCCGUCGUCGUCGCGUUGCCGUCCUAAAAUUGUAAGGUCUCUAAUAUAGAAAAGGUGCGGAAUUUGGCAAGAAGAUACAAAAUUCCAGAAGAAGGAACCUGUCGGGAAUAUUCUUUGUUCCAAGAGUCUGGAUGCUUCCGCAGUUUGAUGCAGAAAGAGGGGUAAAAGAUUUCUUACCUUACAUUAAUAUUAAAGAAGUUUGGUGAAAGUGAUCACUGAUCACGCUGACCUUUACCUAAACCUUCACAGAAUCAUUUGUAUUGCGGCCACAAAUCCAGUUACAAUAGCUUCAUGAGAAAGAUGCCACAGCAAAGUUAAAAUUAUCAACAAUUACAUGAGAGCAACCAUGGGUGAAGAUCGACUUGAGAGCUUGGUUCUUGCUAGUAGCGAAAGAGAUGUAGCCGAAGAUAUUAAGUUGCAUUCUCUUGUCGAUACAUUUGCUUUGAAGCCUAGAAAACUUCCACUAUAAUAUAUUAAUUCGUGUAAUCUAAAAGUUAGAUGCAAAGUUAUAUUUCUGAAAACGGAACACAAAUUAGAUUCCCGUUCGUGUACGUAAAUGUUGUAUAAUAUGUGUAUCGUUUCAAAAGGAAAGUGAUUUUAGAAUGUAUUAAAGCAUUUCUCAACUUAAUAACAAGUUCUUAAAACUUGGACUAGUAUCCCAAAGGUCGUGGGUUCGAUUCCCACCGUGCCCAAGCUAACUUUUCAGCUUGCCCGGUGUGGAUGCACACUCAGAGUAACAUCACAAACAACAUAUUUAUUCACCUGAGUACAUAACAACAAAAAAACACAAAAUAAGUUCUUAAAACUUUCUUUAUCUAUUAAUUUGACGUGUUAUAUUAUUAGUUUUUUACGCACAUGCUUUGUUAAUCUCGUAAAUAUUUCAUCUAUGGCAUAAAAUAGACCAAAUCUGUGACAUAUAGAUCACCAAAAGGCCAUUCCAAAUAUGCACGUGGGAGCGUUUCGCUAACCUUAAAAUUGAAAAAUUUUCCGGGGACCAUGUCCCCGGCUUUUAGAACAGUACUUUUAUGUAUUUGGCACUUUAGACCCCCCCCCCCAUUCGUAUGGGGCUGGCUACGCGCCUGUCUGGAACGACCCAUUUGGAUUCGCCACAUUCUUACACAAUACUAUUCUUACACCAUCAUAUGUACUGAUAUAUAAAUCGAUCAUGUAACAGUGGCCAAAUUGACAACUGGAUGUUUGAAAAGUCUUAUACUAAAAUAAAUCUCUGCUACAAGAUUGUGGUAUGCAUACUGUACACAAUGAGCAUACAUGUAGCUUAUGUUUGAAAUUUUACAUUUAAAGAGGCUGUCAAGUUCGUUCUGCUCAUGCGCGUGUUUUGUUUACAAAAAUUUUCCGGACUAAAAUAAGCAUGGUUGGAAAAAACUUUUCCGGGCUAACAUAACAUAACAUAACAUAACAUCAGCAUAUUCAAUAUUUUUCGAACAAGAUAAGCAAGGCUUCCAAUUUUUUCACCGCAAACAUAAUUUUAAAAUUGUUAAAAUUGCGAACAAUUUCAUAAACUUUGACCAAAUAUUUCCGAGUUUUACCUUCAAUUUUAAGCAAAUAUCAGUUCCAUUUUGACCAACUUUGACCAACGUUUGAAUUAUUGGGGGUUCACCCCCUAUAGCGACGUCCCUGUGUGGACCCACAAGUUAGCUCGUUACGCAUUCAGAAUACUACUAAAGCAAACAUUUAGCACCAAAACAACACAUUUUAAAUCGAAAACGCCAAGAAGCACUUCUUACAGAGGUUUGGACAAAAUUUGACUGAAAUUCGUACGAAUUUUGCAUAAAAAUGUGUUUCUUGACAUUUUCAAUCUUAAAUUUUUCAUUUUGGAGUUAAAUUUAGUUCUAGAUCUCUUAUUAAUUAAACUUGAUGACAUCAUCCAGGGGUUAAAAAAUAGGUGCACCGUGGACGUACAAUUUUACGCACCAAGUACAGAAUCUAAGAAAAUGCAUGGCGUGCACCAAGUACAGAAUCUAAGAAAAUUUACGAUAACGUACACAUACAGUAGUAUAGUCAACUCAAAGGUCUUUACGUGAAAAACCUUCAGAUAACGAGCAUUCUCCAAUCCAGGAGCUCCGGAAGUAGACAGUUGCGAUAUUGAAAAGUUGAUAUAUCGAUAUCGAAAAACAAAUAUCGAUAAUAUCGACUAUAUCGAAUUAUGUUUGCGAUGUUACUCUGAGUGCAUAUCCACACCGGGCGAGUUUGAAUGUGCCCGACCACGGUGGGAUUCGAACCUACGACCUUUGGAACACCAAUUCUAGAACACAUUGGUAUUGAAGGAACUAGAUACUGUUCCGAAAUAUCACUUACUCGAACCGUCCUGACCGCGUAGCUCAGUUGGAAGAGCAUUGGGCUGGUGUUCCAAAGGUCGUAGGUUCGAAUUCCACCGUGGCGGCGGGCACAUUUUUCAAGCUCGCCCGGUGUGGAUAUGCACUCAGAAUAACAUCGCAAACAUAUUAUUCACCUGAGUACAACACACCAACACAGAAAAAAUUUAUAUCGAAUUAUGCAAAUGAGAAAACGCAAUGUAGUCAACUUGCAUAUAUACGCAUCACAAACAGUUAAAAAGUGCAUGAAACAAGUCAUGGUACAUCUCAAAGAUAUUUAACAGAAUAACGAGUUUUAAUGAGCUGCGUUAUUUUGAUACCUUGUUUUUAAACUUGCGUCGAUCCACGUCACUAACAUUAUUAUGCAAAUUAUUGCGAAUUCCAUCUUUAUCUAGAGUCAUCACAAAACUAUUGUUUCCAAACGUUCAGUGCCGCUGCUUGAUGAUCUUGUUUCGUCUCGGGGGAGCGAAACACGGUCUAUACGUUACGGAGGCUAGGUGAUCUUCUGUGUUCACAGUUCCUCUGUUUUCGCUUUUAAUUUCAAUUGCCCACGCACUUGUAUCAUAAAUUCGCAAUUGCCGCCAUACGCACGUUGUCGGCUAAACUUCACCGGUGAAAACAAUAAUUGCCGAAUAAUUAGAGAUUAAGUUGUUUAGUUACAACUUUCGAUAUUUUCGUUAUGCGGAAAAUCGAAUAUCGAAUACUGAUCGAUAUUUUUGAAAUAUCGAUAUUUAUCGAAAAUAUCGAUAUAUCGCAACUGCCUAUCUGGAAGGACCAGAAUCUCGAAAAAGAACACUUUCACCUGUACUUAAUAUUAUGUUACUAGAAGAAAAUUAAUGACUUGUUCAAACUCACAGCAAGCGUUUGUUAAUAACAAUUUUUAAUAAUAAUAACAAAUAAAAUAGAAAAUGGCUUGCGUCAUUUGCGUGCGUGUGUAACGUGAUAUAUAUAACCACUGUUAUUUAUUGAUAUCUUCCGACGUAACUGCGCCGUUUACUGUUAUAAAGGCUUUUGCUAUGCAUGCUCUCGGUACAAACUUUAUCAAUGCACCCCUUAUGGACAACAACAAACAUUCUACUGUUGAUUUCUCGCAACAUUUAUCUCGUUGAUUUCUUCGGAACCUGUUGUCCUGUUCACACAAUCUGUACUUCGUCAAUUGUCGACCAGCGACGAACGCCAACGAUUAGCACGGGCUCAUUCUUCCCCGUUACGCAUCUCAUUCGCAAAUUUGCAAAAUUUAAACGUACGUUUGAUUUCCGACGUUAAAUUUCAACGCGGGGUGAUAAAAUAAAUUCAUUAUUAGCUUUUGUAAUUUAGGCAUCAGCUCAUUAAAUAUGCGUAGGGCACACGGCUACCCCCGCUAGCAUAGGACAGCGGGUACAGCUGCCCCCGUGGUUCCGACGCCCUGCAGUAGAGCAAUAAGCGCAGAAGCCCUGGAUACGAGGUUGCCCCUGCUGCAUUCCGAAGUACAGUGUAGCAUCAGGAUCUGAAAUAUAACGGCCAGACAGGCACACGACCUGUUUUGGCUCGUCAAAUAUUAACUAAACUUAUUUAAAAACGGUAGCCCAGGGUGGUUUGUGUGUAUACAUAAAAUCUCUACUAAAUUUAUUUGGUAUUCAUAACUAUUGUAUUUAAAAUUAACGAUAAAAACUAAGACUGAUUCUCUCCAAGUUACAGUAAUAAUAAUAAUAUUAAUUAGAGUUUUUAAGGAAGGAGGGUUUUGAAGAGUUGAUGAUAAAUAUACUUAGACAAUUUCAAUAGGAAUUGUACACAGUAGUAUUCCGUGGUAAUCAACUAUAGUCGUACGUAAACGUUGGUCUCCAAAGCUGAGGGAUCCGAGGAGCAUGCCCCCACACCCUCUAGUAAGAUCACAUCUUGACGAUUUUUAGACACCCCCUCCCCCUAGCCUGCGUCGCAUACUUCAACCUCCCCCUGAAAAGUACUCUGCUCUCCCUAAACCUGUAAAACAUGAUCAUUAUUAUAUAUUUAGAAUUUGUCAAUUUACCUACUAUACUGCUUUUUGAAUAUACUACUACAUUCAGUGGUAGUCCAUACUUCAAAGGAAAGCUUGAUAAAUUUGCACAUAUUGUACAUGAAACUGUUAAAAUAUACCUUUCUGGCACUUGGUCUGGGGUGUGAUAUCGGCAUUAGAGCUCUUUAUUGUGCACUGAUAACCUAAUUAUAUCAAUGUCUUUUGUAACAUUCUAAUUAGAUAAUAUUAUUUUUAUGUGUCUUUAAAGCUGUAAUAAAAUAAAGGCUUAGGGCGUCUAAACCCAAUAUCUCAAUCACGAAAACGAGGCUCUAUAAACAAUUUACUUUCCGCUAAUACUGUCUUCCAAGCCUGUGGAAUUUCGCACAUCCAAUAUUUGCACCUUUUCGAGAAGACAUAUUUCUUAUGCUCUGUGGUAGCAGAGAUGAACUAGGAUUUACUUCAACUGGUUCAAAAAUACUGCAUGUUCUAACAGUUAUUGAAAAUCUUAUAUUAUAUAUUAUAAUGUAUGAAGUAUGGCUUGCCCUAAAUGAUGCUGGGCCAUCAGAAAAGUAGAAUUCUGUGCCAUUUCCUGUAAUUUAAACGAUUUAGCGUGGACAUCAGGGCAUUCUCUGGGUAGUACGCACCUACUGCACACGCCGAUAUCUUUCAAAGUCUAUGAUAGUUGUAACAAUGAAGAGUUUUUAUAAACUUGAAUGGCUAGUAGUCAGCAAGAUAGCAUUAAAUUUGCACAAAAGAGGUUUCAGGACUUAGAUAUUUGCAGUAACAAAAGGUUUAGAAUACAUUUACCCUCAGUAUUUUGUGAAGUGGUAACCAAAAUCAUAUUUCUUUGACACGAACAUGGUAAAUGAUAUUAUUUGGUAGUUUGCACAUUUUAUAUAUUUCCACUACUAGAUAAAUGUGAGCAAGAAAACAUCGUAUCUUCUAUUGAGAAAGAACUUGAGAUGUUGCAUCUUCAAGCUGAACAGCUAUCAAAGAAAACCGUAUUGAGAGAGAAACAGCUUGAUGAUGCCAAGAAACAAAACAUACAAGAAGAACAAGGUAAAGCUUUCCUUAUAGAUACAACUCUAAAACAGAUCCUCUCUAAUACAGACAACUGACGACAGCGCCAGAAAUCAUAUGCAUUAUUUAAUUAACAUAUAAUAACAUCCUCAUUACGGACAUUGUCGCAGUUACUUGCACAACAGACAAUCCAGAAGAUGAUUGUCUUUUGGAUUGUCUAUGCUUACACAACAUGCAUCAACGCUUCGUACGCUUAUCUUCAUCUGGCGAUUAAAAAUGAGAACAAUAUCUAGUAGCGACAAUAAAAAGACAGCUACGGAUUGAGAGACACUUACCUGAAAAAAAUGAGAACUUCGAUGUUUCGAGCGAAGACUCUUCGUCGGGAAGUUAGUAGCCUGGAUUGGGGCCUUCCUUCGAAACGUCGAAGUUCUUAUAUUGUUAAAGCAGUUGUAUCUCUCUCAGUCCGCAACUGUCUUGGUAUCUAUGAAAUGCGAGCCUGCAGGGAUCUAGGGGUUCACCUCCAAAAAAUCAGUUUUGAACUUCUGGGGGCGGUUGUACGAAGUAAGAGUUAGAUACUGAAAACGGAGGCUCUUAGUCAGAUACAAACCCAAGGGGCCGUAGGCCCCGAGGGAUUUAUCUGACUAAGAGCCGACGUUUGAGGUAUCUAACUAACUUAGUUCAUAUUUGUAAGGAUUGACCCACAAUGAAAUUCACUUUAUGAUAUGUAUUGUUCUUUAAAUGAGUUUGAAUUACCAUGGUUGUAAUAAAAACAAACAGGGCUUUCGCAUUUGAUGUGCAUUAAUUCUCGUGUCGCAUUACUGUAUACUAUCAAUGAGAAGUGAUUGAAUAUUCGUUCACCAACCACAAUUACGAUGAAAUAUGUUUGAAAUAGCUCAUACAACAGAGAAGCGCUAACGAAGAUUUGUACGGGUUUGUCGAAGCAGAGAUUCUCAAGUUGUUCUCAACAGGGUUUUAUAUAUAGGAUAAAAACAGAAUGGGAGGUCUUUCAUUGGGAGGUCUUUCUUGAAUUUCAAUGAAAGACCGACCAUGCAUGAGGUUUUUAUGUUUAUAUCCAUUUUCUAUUGUCCUCGGGAGGUUAUGGUUGUGGGACAAAAUAAGGUUGAACAUCACAUUAAACACGCUUUAAUGUGGUUGAGCAUGCGUAGUAUAUCAUUUCGCGUCCCACAAGCGAAAGAGCAGAUAUUACUGUAUAAAGUGCUUGCACAAGCAAGUUUGGUGCUUGGUUCAGCUAGUCCUCGUGCACCGAAUGAUAAAUACUCCUACCCAAAGGUAGAGUUUGACGGGCUCUGAGGUACACGGCUGUUGUCUCUUUCUCGACUCAGAGACGUGCAGCGUUUUCUAGUCGAAAAGGAGAUGUGGGGUUUGAGUUUUGUUACAAAUUCAAGGUAUCUAACUCCAUAGUGACCUCUAAAAGUGGUCACUAUGGAGUUAGAUACCUUGCAUUUUUAAUUAGGCAUUCAAUUGCAGCGUUUUCUAGUCGAAAAGGAGAUGUGGGGUUUGAGUUUUGUUACAAAUUCAAGGUAUCUAACUCCAUAGUGACCUCUAAAAGUGGUCACUAUGGAGUUAGAUACCUUGCAUUUUUAAUUAGGCAUUCAAUUCUAUUCAUCAACCCCGCUUUUCCUUGUGGAGAUAUCAAAUCCCUCCCCUUGCUUUUAGAUUCUUACCCAAAUAAAACCCUAUUGAGAACAAUAGAUAUCCGCACAAAUAUGAACUAAGGCCGGAUAGCGCUAUCCACCGGAUAGUGAUUUUUUCAAGCUUCGUUAAAUCAAUCGUUGUUUGGUUUUACUUGUAUUAAAGUUUAGUAUUUAUAAGUUGAAUGUUUUUUAUACUUCUUGUGUCGUCUAUAUCCAUAGUUUCACAGUUUUUCAAGCAUUUUACAGAGGUUGAAAAAAUCACUAUCCUUUGGAUAGCGCUAUCCGACCUUCGUACAACCGGCCCCUGGCGCUGAUUUCCUGCAUUUCCACACACACCUUGUGUGAUACAUUUCAUCACAUAACGUUUUGAUAUAUUUCAUCUUGACAGGGAUUUGAUUAAAAUGGACCUUCAUUAUGGGCGGGCCAACAUAUUUUACUGGGGGAGGCUACAUUGGACUGGGGAAGACUUGCCCUCCCCCAGUUUAUGUUUAAAAGAGACCCUGUCUACAGUGAGGGUACAUUGUGGGAUUUUGAGCCUUGAUCAUUCCCAUCAUGCACCAUUAUUUUUUUCAAUCCUCAUUUCAGGGAUUGGAUCCAAUGGGAAGUUAUAAGUGUUGGAUUUUAAAAUGUCCAUUACAUAAAAUAGAUUUUAUUCUUUAAUUUGCAGUUAUUCAAAAGGCAAAGGAGAAAACAAUGUUAAAGAUGAACCAGUACACCAAGGGCAUAUCAUUUUUUCAGGAUUUUCUGGGAUUUGCAUUCGAAAAAAUUGACAGUAAGGGAUGAUGCUUUAAUUUUAAUUAAUACUGAUCCGACCAUUUCAAGUUGCAACAGCAGUAUAUGCACAGUAUAUAUACGCAUAAUAGUAUUUCUCUUUACUGUUUUCUAAAAUUCUGAUUGACUCAAUUUGUCAAAGUAUGUGUUGAUUGCUUGGGAAUAAAUUAAUUUGAUCGAGUGUCGCAAAAGUUUGGACAUGAGACAUUCUUCAAAAAUUAACCAAUCGCAUUAAUUGUUCUAAAGAUCACGUGAUCCACUGGCUUCGUGCACUUGGUGUGACGAUGAUUCUGUAAUAGGAUCGAAAUAGAACCAUUUAAAUUUACGUCUUGCUUUUAGUCCAUGUAUUGUGUUUUUCAAGAUUUCCAUGUAUUCAUUUUUCGGUUUUUAUUGUAUAUUUAUUUUCUUAAAUUGUCGGCUGGUUCUGGCUUUUCACAAAUGAGAUUUUCGCUUAAGAGGGAGAUAAUUUGCGUGAAAACUACGGCUAUACGUUGCCGCGAAAAUUUAUUUCGUCGGUACAAAAAGCUGCUAAGAAAACGUUUUGAGCACAGAGGAUUUUGGACUUGUAGGCGAAGCCAAACGAACUUUGAACUUUUCCAGCUUUGUCUUUGCUCACAGAACACUUAUUUAUCAGGCCAAAAAAAAAUAUGUGGGUUUCCUAUUUCUUCUUGUAAAAACUUAGGUAGGGUAGGUCGGUUUUAACUUUUUUUUUAAACUUUUUUUUUAAUUUUGCUAACAACCGGACCCCAUUUUGUUUAGUCAGUGCUUCUACAUUCAAAGAUUAAUUUCCCUAAUAUUGCCUCAAAUUUCCAUUUUUCACAAACGUGUUCCUCUAAGUGGAAACACUAACAAGCAUGAUCCAAUGAAAAGUUUAGGGUCGGGAUUUCGGCGUCCAAAAGCUAGGUAGGGUCGGGAAACCGGAAACCCACAUAUUUUUUUGGCCUCAUUAAACGUCUUAAAUAAGACUGCAUGCAAUAAUGCAAACUAUGUAUUGACUUCGACACAUAACAUUUAUUUACUGUUACUUCAUCAAUCCAAUACAGAAAACUACAAUUUUAAACUUACUCUCAAGUAUAUUUUUCUAUAGAAGAUCACUUGAAGUUUGUUUUCAAGUACAUCGACCCAAAUAACCCUGAAGCUCGUUUUUCGUUCACUGUCAAGGUGGAUGAAAAUACUGGAAUAUAUAACAGUGAGUAUUAACUACCAGUGUAUAGAUAACUACAGUAUACGAACAAUAGUCAUGAGCUUGGUUGAAGGUGGGAAGGAACGACAUAAAUAGCGGCUGCGAGACUACUGAAGACCUUUAAUGACUGUUUGAAAUAUAUAAAAAGAACUUCGAUGUUUUGAAGAAGGCCCUUCUUCUCGAAGUAAGUUCAGGGGCUUCGGUGGCGAAGUGGUUAGCGCACUUGCCUUUCACCUCUAAGGCCGCAGGUUCAAGCCUCAGUGAGAACUUUCCCAAUGCGACUCGAACCCAGUCCUCAUGUGAAAAGAGUAAAAAGUCAACGCCCUGCCGAAAGUCGUGGGUUUUCCCCGGGUACUCCGGUUUCCUCCCACAGGGAAAGUUGGCAGGGUGGGUUAGGUAAAAGGGCCCACAGUAAUUGGCAUAUGCUGUUGUGGUGACCCUGCCCCCUGCCCUAGUUGGCAAAGUUAAAUAAAUAAAUGCAAAGUUAGUUUUAAAUUGUCUAAUUCCCAGACGAAGGCCUUUCCCCGAAGUUCCUUUUAUAGAGUGCCAUACGUAUAGAGUAUUGACCUCUAAAUAAAAGAUUGAUUAUGUAUACUUUAUGACAUGUCCAGUAAUAGCCUUAACCUUGUUUUAUACAUGCAUAAUAGAUUAAAUAGAGAUACAUCGUUUCCUAAUUACGAAUAUCUAUUUAUAUACAGUAUAUAUAUACAAUAAUAACUUAAGAUGAAAAGGUUAAUUAGAAUUUUUAAAAUCAUCCAUGGACACUAUGUAACAGGGUUCGUACAAAACUUGAAUUUCCUUGAAAGUCCUUAAAUUCUUCUUGCUUUAUUUAGUUUAUGGAUAUUUUCUGAAAUUGUUUGACAUUCAAAACGGACAUUUGUUAUUUGAUUUUGCAUGUUCAAAUCUGAUAAAGCUGUUUGAAAUUUAUUAAAGUCGCCAAGUAAAAAUAUCUUACAGUACUAUCCGGUAAAUAUCCGGCAAAUUUAUACCGGAUGUCUAAAUUUUACCGGAUAUCCGGAUCCGGCACAUCCCUAAUACGCUGGCUAGCUGUUACAAGUUCAAGCUCCUUGUGGAAAGCAGGAUUUUUUCGUUGGCGGCUUGUAUAGACAAAACAAAGAAAUUAUCAACUGUUUUUCUUUAUUUUGUAGUCAAAGAUUGUUCUCCAAUGAUUAAUCAACUCACAGAUCUGACAGACGAUCUAAACAAGACCAAUGAUUUUACACAGUUUGUCAUAAGUAUUCGUCGAGGCUUCAAAGACCUCGUAUGCAAAGUGUAGUCUGUAUAAAUUAUCAACGUAACUAUAUAUUACUCUUUAUUAAUUGUUGCAAUACACAUCAAUGUUUUGUUAUACGCUGUUAAGGUAGUCGAAAAGGUGGAUCUCAGCAAGGAUUCUGUGCAGUAGAUGGUCCACUUCUAAGUGUAGCAAAUCAAAUUAAUAUUUCUAUUUUUUAAGCCUGGAUCAAACGAGGAUCAGUUUGUCUGAAAUGCCAUAAAGCCAGGCAGCUUACUGCAACAAUGAAAUGUUGUUCUUAAUUGAACUAGUUAUUUUGGCAAUUAUUCAGUGUAGUAUACUUCAUUUUAUCCGAUGUAGAGUUGGGUUUUUCGCCAUUUUCGUCUUAUUUUAUCGACGGAUACAGAAUCUAUAUAUAUUCUCGCAUUUAUUCUGUUUGACAAUUUUGUCAUUUUUUUUUCCAAAUUUUGAAUUUUUUUACGCUCUCUCUACUUCGGAUAAAAAGGAUUAUACUAUAUUCUUGUUUGAUAUUUAAAUUAUAAGUUGUGAAGUUUUGUAUAACGAUGUUUUGUAACAGGUCACUAACGUAUUUGGCUCACGCUGCAUGUGUUAGUGUUCCUGAACCGUCUUUCUGUUUGCAUAUGUUUAUAUUUCUGUUGAUGGCUGAAGUUAAUAAAUGAAAUGAGGAUGAGAGCGCAUGAGAGUUGGCAUGCAGUCACGGUCCUUGGUUAGCUGUUCUUAAUGUUUUCACGACACUAUCAUGUCCAGUGUAUUUAAAUUAAAACAUGGUUAUAUAGAACACUCGUAUAUAAUGCGUGACUGCCAACUCUCAGUCAACUCUCAUCCUAGUUUGACCGAGGCUUUAUAUACUUGCCAUUGAAUAUACUUAUUCCACAUUUAAUGAUAACAACUCGUAUUACUUUUUUUUGCACCUCUGACCAUUCCUGCAGCUAGCCACCAUCAUCUGCUGCACAUGCAGUAGUGUUUAGUGAAAUCAAUAUACACGUGAAACUAAAAUUAUAACCAAUGUGACCACAUUGGUUAUACUCAUGCAGUAUACUCAUUUCCAACCACCGGAAUGACAUGACGUUGUUGUCGGAAGUUGGAAGAGGUGUUAGAUGGCUAUGUAACAUACCUAACCCUAACCUAACCGUAACCAAAUUAAUCAAGAAAAUUAAAAAAGAAUCAAUUUGAAAAAUUGCGAAAAUGACGUCAUGUCGAUUUGGUGGUUGGAAACGAGUAAAAGUUAACCAAUGUAUAUAAAUAUCAAACGCAAGCUUUGACGCAUGCCCGAGAAAGGGCUGGAAAAUGUAAACGAAUAUUAUCGCAUCACGUAUGUAGAAAAACAUUUUAGUGUAAAAUAAAAUGACUUUUAGCUAUAGGUAAACGAUUUUACCGUACCUUUUUAUAUUAAAAAGCUGUACAUUGAAAGUUGGUGCAUACAUUGCCAUUGGGCGUGGCUUGCUUUCAUCUUUUGAGUUAUUUUAGAUUGGUACAACCAACGUUCACUCUUUCUAUUAAAUAUUUUGGAAUUUCUAAAUAUUAACAAAGAUGUUAUAUAGAAUGGUAAGUUAGGUAUAAACUAAUGGUUACAAAUGCGAUUGGUCCCAUAUUUUCUCUGCAGGGACAUAUAUCAAAUACACUCCCGGC